UCACGUUGCAAUGAUAGUAUGAUUCACCGUAAAAACAACACGGAACAAGAAUGAUGCGAGCAUUUUCCAUUUUUCUCAUUUUAUCCUUUCUGACAGUGCUUGUAUUUGGUGCUGACCAGAAGGGAUGCACAUUUUCUAAACAUCUCGACUCAAAGGCCAAAAAGGGAGAAGCCCAGCUUGAAGUUCUUAAGGGAAAACGAUUUAAAGCUACAGAUAAAUAUUACUCGUAUGAUAUUGGAAUAUGUUCUCCAGCAGUUGACACUGAGGAUACAGACAAAGAUAUAGGAGUUUUACAGGUCAACAAGACAGACCCAUCGCAGACAAAAAUUGUUGGCAGAAUUUCAUCUGCUGAUAUCAUGUCUGGGCCUGAUUGGGUGAUUCUAGAGUAUAACAAAGGAGAUACAUACGGAUCACACUGUCGAGGUGAAGAUGGGAAUACACCAGAACAAAGACGUGCCAGAAUUAUGUUUAUCUGCGAUAUGUCAGCUCCUGAUGAGGUAGCUACUGUGUUAGAGGAGCAGAAUAAUAAAACAGAUGCCUGUUAUUACCUGUUUGAAAUCAACACUGCUGCUGUGUGCAAGAAACAACCUUUGAUCACAGUGGGACUAAGUGUUGGCUCCAUCUUGCUGAUUGUGUUUUUCUGUGUAGCAGCAGUGUACUUGUUGGCAGGCUGUCUGUAUAACAGAUUUGUCAUGCAUGCUAAAGGCAUGGAACAAAUUCCUAACCUCAGUUUCUGGGAAGACUUUGGAAAUCUUGAAGCAGAUGGCUGUGAUUUAGUGUGUAGAUCUCGUAAAUCCAGACAACCAAGGACUUACAAAGGCAUUGGUGAUGAUCAGUUAGGAGAGAGCGAUACACCAAACACAGAUGAACAUUUACUACCGAUGUAAAACUAGAGAGUUUCUGAUAUAUAAUAGAUGUGUUAGAAGAUACAACAGACAUGGAUCAAUUUUUAAAUACCAAUGUAAUAUAUGUGCUACAAAAUGAUACAACAGACUCAGAGAAAGAUUGACAAACAAUGGCAUACUUGAAGUUCUGUCAUAUAUACAGAAUGAUGUGCUGCAGAAUGAUACACAAAACACGGAUGAACACUUACUGUAAAAUCAUCUAAUUUCAUGGGCAAGAAGUUUCGUGGUUUUGGUCAAAACGGUAAUUUCGUGGGGAUAUGAAUUCGUGGAUAUCAACUUUUGAAAAUAAAAUGAAUGGGAAAUUUACUUGUUUGUUGGGAUUAAAUUAAAUUCUUUAAACUUUAAGAACAUUUUUAGCUCGACUAUUCAUAGAAUAGUGAGCUAUUGCACUCGCCCAUGCGUCGGCGUCGGCGUCGGCGUCUGCGUCCGCGUCCGCGUCCCGAUUUUGGUUAAGGUUUUGUAUGUAAGCUGGUAUCUCAGUAACCACUUGUGGGAAUGGAUUGAAACUUCACACACUUAUUCACUGUGAUGAACUGAUCUACAUUGCACAGGUUCCAUAACUCUAUUUUGCUUUUUUACAAAAUUAUGCCCCUUUUUCGACUUAGAAAUUUUUGGUUAAGGUUUUGUAUGUAAGCUGGUAUCUCAGUAGUUACUAAUGGGAAUGGAUUGAAACUUCACAUACUUCUUCACUAUCAUGAUUUGACAUGCACUAAGCAAGUCCCAUAACUCUACUCUCUUUUUUUUCAAAAUUAUGCCCCUUUUUCGACUUAGCAGUUUUUGGUUAAAUUUUUGUAUGUAAUCUGAUAUCUCAGUAUCCACUAAUUGGAAUGGAUUGAAACUUCACACACUUGUUCACUGUCAUGAUCUAACAUGCACUGUGAAGGUCCCAUAACUCUACUUGGCAUUUUUACAAAAUUAUGCCCCUUUGACUUAGCACUUUUUUGUUAAGUUUUUGUAUGUAAGCUGGUAUCUCAGUAUCCACAAAUUGGAAAGGAUUGAAACUUCACACACUUGUUCGCUGUCAUGAUAUGACAUGCAGUACAGAGGUUCAAUACCUCUACUUUGCAUUUUACAAAAUUAUGCCCCUUUUUCAACUUGUAUUCAUUCAAUUGACAAGGCUGUUGAAUAGUCGAGCCUUGCUGUCCUCCGACAGCUCUUGUUUUGUUUAUUUGGAUUUGAUUUGAAGGAUUGAUGCAAUCAUGAAAUCCAUGAAAAUUAAUACUGCAGAAAUUUUAAUUAUUUAACAGUAUCCUUAAAAUGGUACAAAAAUAAUAGAAAGACUGCAUCUCUAAUAAUUCACUUAUCACUUAUAAGCCGAACAUAGGUUGUAUGCAUAAAGGUAGUAAAACAGGUACAUUAAAGUUUGUCAUCAAACAAUUACAUUGAAUAUGACACCACAUGACAUGAUACUCAUAUUUCAUUUUUCUAAAGAAAAUAUGCAGAAUAAAUGAAUAGGCCAUAUUAUGGGUGGUAUUUACCAAAGUUAUCUGCAUAAUAUUUCUAACUAAACAAAUUUGAUGGUACAACUGACACAGAUGAAGAUUUACAUGUAUGUAUGAAGCUUUAACUCUGUGUUACAUUUGAUCUAGGUUAAGAAAGUCUGUAUGUUUCAGUUAGUCAAAACAGAUUUGUCCUCACUAUUUAGUCAACAAUGUGGAGUUUGUUAAAAAAAAAUAGUUUCGUUAUUUAGAAUAAUGUCAGUGAUACUAUUUUCCAAACUUUAUUAACUAAAUGAGUAUUUUGCAGCAAAAAUUUAAUAUUAUUUAGAUUUUUAUGAAUCUUAAAGUAUAUUCAACAGUGAGUUCAGUUUAGAAUUUUAUACUUCAAAGAAGUUUCUUUAAUUUUAAGGUUCACAACAACAUGUCCUUUACUUGUCACAACCUUCAAAUUAACGAACCAGUUUCAUGGAAUUUUAGAGCAAGGAAAUUUUUGAAAGGAGCAAAUUAGAUAUUUACUUAUCUAUAUAGGGGUAUAUGCAAUUCUGGCAGCUUUUCUGUUAGAUGAAAAAGCAGCAGAUAAGAGAUAAUAUGAUGCUAAAAGAAUAUUUUUGUUUAUUUACCUGUUGUUUGUUUUGAUUUACAAUAAAAAUGGUUAUAAGUUAUUUAGCAGUUUUGACUGUAGUCAAACAUAAUUGCUUUAAGUCACACGGAGAAGAGUAAAAUAUUUGAGUUACCCAGGGUUUUGAAUGAUUUAAACAUGAAAUGAGCCGCGUCACAAGAAAACCAACAUAAUGGCUUUGCGACCAGCAUAGAUCCAGACCAGCCAGAACAGCAUGGAUCCUGACCAGACUGCGUGGAUGCGCAGGCUGGUCUGGAUCCAUGCUGGUCGCAAACCCACUACUUUGGUUUUCUCAUGGCACGGCUCAAAUGUGGGACCAUAUGGAUUGCUGGAGUUGUGUUUCACUGUAUGUCAUAUGGCGUGUACACCAUUUCAUGCUACAAAUUGUCACAGUAAAAUUUAUUUGAUAUAUUUAGAUGGCAAUUCAACCAUUCUACAGAGCACAGUUUUUCCAUGUUUUUUCCACCAAUCUUUUAAUUUUGUGUUCUCAUUGAUGUGAAAGUUCAGAACUUUCAUUAGCAUUAUGUCAUCCAUGACAAUAAAUGGAGCCUCUUGCCUUUAAACAUUAACAAAGUUCUGAAGACCCAAAAUAGUUUGUUCUUUUCUUUGCAAUAACUGAUAGUAUUAAAAAGAUGUACUUCACCCAUUUUUCACUAAAAUAUUUGAUGAAUAGAAUUAUAGAUAUAUGCAAAGUAUAUGAAUUAAUUAUGUAUGUAGAGCUAUUAUCAUAAUUUAGUGGAAUCUACUUCAACUUGACAAUUUGUUGGGUAAUUUAUGCAAAGAAGUAUUAAGUCAAUUUUCAUAGAAACAGUGGUAAAGUUACAUUUGCCAUCGUUUCUUUUUUUUUACCAAGAAAGUUUUGGGUUUCAAUGGUUAUAAAGUUUUUUUCCUUGUAUUUUAUUAACAAUUUAGAUAAUGAUGUUCGUCUAUGGUAUUUGCUCACUAUAUAUUCAGUUGUAUAGUAUAACAUAACUUUAAUUGGCUUUAAUUUAUGUGUUUUUAUUUCUUUAACAUUAGAAUGAGGGUAAGGCAAUUUUGUAUGGGAUACAUAUAUUUAUAUUGGUCUAAAUCCUGUGAAGAUUUUGUUAGUCAGUGAAUGCUGUCAUGAUAUAUACCAGUAUGCUUGUUGUCUUUUGGUGAAAUAUGUGACCAUAAUACUCACAGAGUUUCAGUUUGCAGAAAGGAAAAGUAGGAAUGAUAAUAGUUCAUAGAAAUAUGUAUGUUUGGGUUUAUAAAGUAGUAUGUUUCCUGCAUUUCAAAAGGAGAAUUUGCAUUUUAUGCUUUUUUUUCUUCAGAAAACUUGGAUAUUAUUGUUAUUAGUGGCAUUAAGCGUGAUUAAAAACAAGUUCAUUCUGUAAAUUGGUUGUUGAUAAUGAGUUCACACCUCGAAAAAACCUGGCUUUCUUUCCGUAUAAUAUUCUUUAAUUUUAUGAGUUCCCUACAAGAGUACUCACCCCUUUGGUUCACAUUGUGGUCAGUUUGAUUUAAGAUUUUUUUGUUAUCAACUUAGGAAAAAGUGUUUUGUUGUAAUUUGCAAUAAUAUAUUUAAAUUGAUAUCUUACAAAUUUAUUUCAUAUCGCAUCACUCCUUCGUUCACCUGUAUUUGUGUUACAUUUGUAUCUUGUGUAUGCCCCAUUGAUUGAGAGAAAAUGAUAAAAAUGUUAUUUCUUCACUUUGAUUUUGAACAUAAGAUAUUGGAAGCAAUUUAUUUUUUUCUCUCAUUUAAUUUUGAAUGUUUUACUUGCUUUGUGCAAAAGUUUUGUCUUUGUUCCUUAUUUGUACAUAUUGCAGGGAUAUUACCAAAUUCAUGUAACAUUCCAGAAAGUUUGUAAAUGUGUCAUCAUGUCCAGAUCUACUAGUAUUUCUUAGAAUAGGGUAAAUCUCAAAAUAUAUGUCAAUUUUUUCAAAAAAAAAAGGAAUUAAAUGUUAAUUAUUUUUUAUUGAAUGUGUAGGAAAAGAAGAAAACAAACUGAGUUUCAGGUAGUAUCUGUUAACAGAUUUAUCAUAUUUUAUUACAUUGUCAUAACACAUGUGGAUACAAAAUAAAUAUUUACAUAACAUGCAACCUUAAAUGAGCCGUGCCAUGAGAAAACCAACAUAGUGGGUUUGCGACCAGCAUGGAUCCAGACCAGCCUGCGCAUCCGCGCAGUCUGGUCAGGAUCCAUGCUGUUCGCUAACAGUUUCUCUAAUUGCUAUAGGCUCUGAAAGCGAACAGCAUGGAUCCUGACCAGACUGCGCGGAUGCGCAGGCUGGUCUGGAUCCAUGCUGGUCGCAAACCCACUAUGUUGGUUUUCUCAUGGCACGGCUAAAUAUAAAUUACAUAAUUGUAAAUAAGUAGCAGCAAGUAUUACAAUUAAUAUUGUCAAAAGCAGAAGGGUUGGGCUACAAAUUAUUGCAAACACUAGAAGGUUGGCUCUUCCUCUGUUUGUCUGUAGUUGUGUGUAAAUAUAAAAAAAACUUACUACUGUGUUAUUAAAGCAGUAAAAGUAUAUGUAGAAUAGAAGGAACUUUGUUUAUCAAGUAACUAAAGCCUUCCUUUGUUUACGACCUUUGUUGUCCCGUUUCUGCGAAUCUGAACACUGAACCAUGGUAAAUCAGACUGUAAACCACAAUUAUAAGGCCUGGUUUAUUUUCAUUGUAACAUGCUCACUGAAAAUGUUAAGAUAAAAUUAUGAUGAACUUUAUUUUUCCAAGUAGUAAUGGAUGGGGCAUCUUGUGGCAUUUGAUGUCAUAGUGUUCUCUCAGCAUUCCUCAUGUCAGCUGUUGUUUAUUGCAGAAUAUACAAGUUUGUUUAAUUGACAAACAAGUCAAACCAUGUCAGAAGAUCCACUUUACCAUACACUGCAAACAAAACUGCAGUUGAUGUUGUUUUUUUAUAAAUGUUGCAAUAUGUUUUCAAAUUAAUGUGUGAUGUAUAUUUUUAGGGAUGGCCGGUCAAGUCAGACCUGGUCAAGUCAGACCUGUCAGAACUUCUUAUUACUGACUGAAGGACAACCAACAUCAAAAUUUUUGUUGUAAGCAGUCAGUUAUUUAAAUUAUUAGCUCCACACAUCUUUGUUAACACUUCAUUUUUAGACUGUACAUUAUGUAUGUGUUUUAUGUUCUUUUGUGUUGAGUGAUUUUUUUUUUGCCUUUUAUUAUUUUGUUUUGUCUGAUGAAUGAUUUAACAUAAUGACCUUAAGAGUUCAACAUUGUGCAUAAUCAUAAUUAUAGAGUAAAAUAUUUUCAUCUCUCUUAACAAAAUCAAACUUUAAAAAAGGGUUUACUUAUGCCAUCACUGUCGUGAACAACCAUUCCAUAGACAUUUCUUGUUAAUCAGCCUUUUUCUUAAAAGUAUCUGUAAAGUUAUAGUAUAUUAAUUUAUCAGCUCACCUAAUUUGUUCAGGGUGAGCUAUAAAAAAGAGGGAGGGAUGGUUCAGCAAGCAGCAUCAGUAUUUUAACAUCUUAUUUUCCAAACCAGGUCAGAAACUUUUUAAUUUUUUCAAAUAUGGGCAACACUGAUAACUAGUCAGGAUAUUGGCUCCAACUGACUCCCUAAUGAAAGAAAACUGCACAGUAUCUGAACACUGAGCUUGUAAAAAGGUCAUAAUCAGAAAUUUCAUGUUUAUUUUUUUUCCUUUCUUUACAACACAGUGAUAAUCUGUAUAUUUGAAGUUAUUUAUACUUUUAAUAGUAUAUUAUAUAUAUAUCUGUAUACGAGGUAUAGUGUGGUAGUCUGUUAUUUCUUUCCAACUUUAUUUGCUGUUUUGUUUGUGAUUCAAGAAAGGGAAUUAAAUCGUAUGAUUAUAAAAUGCC